AUGCUCAGAGCCGAAGAGCAGAGCCAGCUACAGCUCGUCGAACGCGAAGACAUCGACGAUGAAGAGGACCUCUUUGAAGCGAUCGACAAGUUGAUUGCUCAGGGAAUCAAUGCCGGAGAUAUUAAGAAGCUUCAAGACGCUGGGAUCUACACCUGCAAUGGCUUGAUGAUGCAUACGAAGAAGAACUUGACUGGAAUCAAAGGUUUAUCUGAGGCUAAAGUUGAGAAGAUAUGCGAAGCUGCUGAAAAGAUAGUGAAUUAUGGAUAUAUUACUGGAAGUGAUGCUCUGACCAGAAGAAAGUCAGUUAUCCGCAUUACAACUGGAAGCCAAGCCCUGGAUGAACUGUUAGGCGGUGGGAUUGAAACUAUGUCAAUCACGGAAGCCUUUGGGGAAUUUCGGUCUGGGAAAACACAGCUUGCACAUACUCUCUGCGUUUGUACACAGCUUCCCACUAACAUGAAGGGAGGGAAUGGAAAAGUUGCUUACAUUGAUACUGAAGGAACCUUCCGACCCGAUCGAAUUGUGCCCAUAGCUGAAAGAUUUGGGUUGGACCCAGGAGCUGUCCUUGACAAUAUCAUUUAUGCUCGUGCCUAUACAUAUGAGCAUCAGCAUAACCUGCUUCUUGGUCUAGCUGCAAAAAUGUCUGAAGAGCCAUUCAGACUUCUGAUUGUGGAUUCAGUGAUUGCUCUCUUUCGAGUGGACUUCACUGGAAGAGGAGAACUUGCUGACCGCCAGCAAAAACUAGCUCAGAUGCUUUCCCGAUUAACAAAGAUAGCUGAGGAAUUCAAUGUUGCUGUCUACAUGACCAACCAAGUCAUAGCUGACCCCGGUGGCGGAGUGUUCAUAUCGGACCCAAAGAAACCUGCGGGAGGACACGUCCUUGCCCAUGCAGCAACAAUCAGGCUCAUGUUCAGGAAAGGCAAAGGUGAACAGCGCGUCUGCAAGGUGUAUGAUGCCCCAAACCUGCCUGAGGCUGAAGCAAUAUCCUUCAUACUUACUCUUAGCAUAACUGCAGGAGGCAUUGCAGAUGCAAAGGACUGA